AUGAAUCAACCCCAUGAACAAUCUGAAAGGGAUGUACCAGCAUGCAACCUCAGUCCUCAAAGCUUUGACGGUGCUUUUUCUCCACGCAGCAAACAGGAUUCAUCAGACGCAUCAUGUUCGAAGCACCUGUCCUCAGGUACUGCCCACACCUCCUCAACCACAUAUUUGCUCCACGACCAGAACGACGACUUGCCUUACAGUCCCCUGAGAAAGCUCCAAGACCUAACCUCCAUGGUGAGUUUCCCAGACUUGUCCUUCAGGGACAGGGUUCCUAGAGGUGUCAGCAGUGGUGUGCCAAUGAGGACUCCCACAGUCAGGAGUCCUGGUUGCCCUAGACGCUCGGUCAACACCCCUUCAGCGCAGAACCCCAAGAAGAUGGACGGCACACCUCUGCAAGCCGGUUCCGACAGCAGGUGCGUCUUGCCGCCAAGCCCGGCCUUCAGCAUGGACUCCUCCAGCCCCUUCGCUAACCGCCUGCACUUUGAGUCCAUUUUGUUUGAAAACGGGGAAGAGGAGGAGGAGGAGGAGGAUGACGACGAAGAGGACAAGGAGACGACGUCCUCUCAGGUGGGAGACUCGAGCAGCUCGAGGGAAGGCCGCGAUCCAGUUUCAAACCCGAAGACGAGGUCUUUUACAGAGCCGAGCUUAUCCAGGGGCAAAGCUUUGUCAGGGAGAGCGCCGUCGCGAGGGAGGGCGUCCGGUUCUGAGGCGGAGUCGGCCAGCGACUGUGAACCACGCUCACUGGGCAGCAGUCCCGCGGGAGUUUCAAUGACAAACAGCCCAAAGAGGAAACCCCUCCCACCUGUGAAAUACUCGGAGGGGGAGGUGAUAUGGGCCAAGUUUAAUCGUAGACCAUGGUGGCCGAGCCAAGUGACUGUUGACCCAGUUACGGGACUUUACCACAGAAUGAAAGAGCCCAGCGAUAGGCUGUGUCGUUUGUAUUACAUCAGGACCUUUGGAGAACCUGAGGAACAGGCCUGGGUCAGUGGACAAGCCACCCAUGUUUUUGAGGGUGGCUUUCAAUUUGAAAAUCUCCCCGUUCUGAGAAGAAGAGGAAGACAAAAAGAUGAAAACUACAGAUACUCUAUACCCAAGCGUUUUCUGAAUUCCUGGAAAGCCAGUGUGGCAGAGGCGGAAGGAGCUCCUGCGAAACAGCACAGGAUCACCAAGUCUACUUGCAGUGCCACAGGAAAGAGUCCCACUGAAGAAGUAAAUAUACUGAAAGAUGAAGAGCCGUCAUCUCCCUUACAUUCCCCUUCCUCCUCCUCAGAAACUUGUCCCUUAGCGAACGGAAUUGUACCACAUCUAAACCAGCUCUCUUUGACUGACCAGCACACCUCAAACAAACCUAAACACAAAAAGAAUCCUAAGAAAUUAUUGCCGUGUUACACAAAUAUUGAGGAUUUUGACGUCGAAAAUUCGAAGCUGGCGGAGGUUGUGGACAGCCCGUACUCUGACAUCGACUCUGUCCCGCGGAUUCUUUGUCCUAAGGCUUGUGAGAGGUCUGCGAAACCAUCUGUCAGUGAGCAGCCCACAAAACCCACCGCAGGUAAAGAGGUCAAAAAGAAUUUAGAGGUUCAGGGUGGCCUUUGGUUUAGCAAAGCAGGGAAGGGCCAAGUGAGUGGAGGUCUUGGUCGCGGGGGGCUAAAAUCUAUGAACUGUUCCUUCGGGAAAGUGUCUUGUAAAAUCAAAACCCCAGACAUCAACACUGUAAAGAGCAGAGAAGACCGUGUAGCGGGGCUUGAGCAUCUGUCUGAUGAGGCCAUGAAAGCGCUUGACAGGAGAGUAUCCUGUCUGCCCGCCAGUAGUCGUCUUAUGACCAGGGCAUUAAGAGCAAUGGAGGAGGCGGAGCUUAAGAAGAAGUUACACUGUGCCCAGAAUCUUGGGUGCUCAUCACCAAAACAUGAAGUUGAAAAUGUAACGUCAAGUAGUUUGGACACUAAUGUCGACUGCAUUCCAAAGAACGUGCCAACAGCAACUGCUAGUAACGAUCAAGAAACUCCAUCGCAUACUGACAAUGAUCCCAAAUUGUUUUCAGAUUUAUCUAGCUGCAACAGACCCCAAACUCCGAUCAAAUCAGAGGAUGAGGCCUGUUUAAUAUCCCAAGAACAUGUCACUUUGCAUCCAGGUGAGGCCAAGACAGAGAACUGCAAGUCUGAGGUAUCGCCCAGUUCUCCAACUUUCUAUACCGUAAAGGAUUUCGAUAUGAAAGAGAUAACCUUUAAAUCUUUGACGAGUGAGGAAAACGGGAAGCCGGUGUCUUUUCAGACGGACGUAAACUACAAGUUCAGUACUUUCCUGAUGCUGCUCAAAGACAUGCAUGAUAUCAGAGAAAAAGACGGCACCCCUUUGGUUAUGGAACCUCCGAGCACAAGUGCACUCAUCAAAAAGGAGCCUUCGCUGAUUCCAGGGGAGGACUUAGGAGUUAGAUUAGGCCAAGAUGCAAUUAGUAACCGGGGCCCUUCGACUGGAUCCCCAAACUGUCAAAAAGGCAGUACGAAGUCCAAGUCCGGAUCAAACACCAGUGUGGAAGGCCAACAAAACGGAGGCAUCAAAAAUCUUCUGACCUCAGAGUGCCCUAGCGCACCCAGGACUUCAAGAAGGCCUACUAAAAAAAGGCGACCAUUGGGAGCGAAAAAGAAACCCAGCAUCAACAGUGUGCCUUUUAAAAUGGCAGAGCAUACUUACGGCAGAGAUGACCGUAAGCUAACAGAGCAGCCUGUUCACACGGAGGAAGCUGGGUCUCAUUUACUUGGCAGUGCCCCCAAGAAACGGUGGCAGAAGUUUGAACAGGACCCUGGAAAGGUGGUUCAGAUGGAAGACAGCAGCAGCGAACAUAAACGCCUCAGAAAACCUAGCAAAAGACUCAUAGAAUGGACGGAAGAAUAUGAUAAGAUUUUUUCUACAAAGAAGAAAGUGAAGAAGAAGCUUGAGACAUUCGCAAAGGUUGGGAAAACCAGUAACAGCGGUGCAGUGAUGCAACCAUCUCAGAAAACGAUAGACAAUCCGCUCCCCACACCACCUGAGGUUCAGACUCCCCCGCUGGAGGAGUUGCCUAAGACCACUCUCAUCAUGGAGUCGACUCCCACCACAGUGACUGCUUCUCCUCCUGCUGACUCCACUCUCUGCCACGGUGGUCAAGUCUUGCCUGUCGAUACCCUAACUCCACCUCCAGAAACAGUUCCCUCACCCUCAGAAAGCUGCAUAAAGGAUGAGUCGCCAAUUCAAAACUGUUCAGACACUGGUGAUGGCUUAUAUCUUAACAGAAAGAGACAGAGAAAACCUACUAAGAAAAUUCUGGAAAGCUCAAUUGAAGCAGAACCAAUUCUUAUGCCAAAAAAGAAGAUGUUUGCCUCGCAUUACGAGCUUGGUUGCUCAAUGAAUGAGGACUCAUCAUUGUUUGAUGACGGCCUCUCAGCCAAUAAGAAGCUCCUGGGCGAUAGAGGAGGAGGAGCCUCGCUGAAGGAGAAUGUGUGUCAGGUGUGUGAAAAGGCAGGAGAUUUACUUCAGUGUGAAGGACAGUGUUGUGGAGCUUUUCACUUACAAUGUGUUGGUCUGAGUGAGACCCCUCCCAAGAAGUUUUUGUGUCAAGAAUGCUCCUCUGGCGUUCACACGUGCUUUGCGUGUAAGAAGCCAGGGGAGGACGUGAGACGUUGUAUGAUCCCCAUGUGUGGAAAGUUCUACCACGGGGAGUGUAUUGCCAACCACGCAGCCGCGGUACCCUUUAACCGAGGCUUUCGGUGCCCCCUCCACGCCUGUCUCUCCUGCUUCAUCGCCAACCCUGCCAACCCGUCUGCCACUAAAGGCCGUCUGACGCGCUGUGUGAGAUGCCCCAUUGCCUAUCAUGCCAAUGACUAUUGCGUGGCAGCUGGCAGCAUAAUACUGGCAAGCAACAGUUUCCUGUGUCCAAACCACUUCACUCCGCGCAAGGGCUGCCGUAACCACGAGCACGUCAACGUUAGCUGGUGUUUCGUCUGCUCGGAGGGUGGCAGUCUGCUCUGUUGUGAGUCCUGUCCCGCAGCCUUCCAUCGGGAGUGUCUUAAUAUUGACAUGCCAGAGGGCAGCUGGUUCUGCAAUGACUGCCGGGCCGGAAAGAAACCGCACUAUAAAGAGGUCGUGUGGGUCAAAGUGGGUCGAUACAGGUGGUGGCCGGCAGAAGUCAGUCAUCCGAGGAAUAUUCCGGAGAAUAUCUUACGCAUGAGGCAUGAUGUAGGGGAAUUCCCGGUCCACUUCUUUGGCUCUAAGGACUACCUGUGGACGUACCAGGCACGCGUUUUUCCGUACAUGGAAGGAGACGCCAACAGCAAAGACAAAAUGGGAAAAGGAGUUGAUGCCAUCUACAGGAAAGCUUUGGAGGAGGCUGCUGUAAGAUUCCAAGAGCUGCAGGCCGAGAAAGAAUUGAGGCAGCUCCAAGAAGACAGACGGAAUGACAAGAAACCUCCUCCUUACCGACACAUAAAGGUAAACCGACCAAUAGGAAAGGUGCAGAUCAUCACUGCGGACCUAUCGGAGAUCCCCCGGUGCAACUGCAAGGCGACGGACGAGAAUCCAUGCAGCAUGGACUCGGAAUGCAUCAACCGCAUGCUUCUGUACGAGUGCCACCCUCAGGUGUGCCCCGCGGGGGACCGCUGUCAGAAUCAAUGCUUCACCAAACGUCAGUACUCGCAGGUGGAAAUCUUCAGGACGCUUGGGCGUGGCUGGGGGCUACGGUGCUGCCACGACAUCAAAAAGGGUGAGUUCGUGAACGAGUACGUGGGAGAAGUGAUCGACGAAGAAGAGUGUCGAGCGCGGAUCAAACACGCGCAGGAGAACGACAUCUGCAACUUCUACAUGCUGACGCUGGACAAGGAUCGUAUUAUCGAUGCUGGGCCCAAGGGAAACCAAGCACGGUUUAUGAACCACAGUUGCCAGCCAAACUGCGAGACCCAGAAGUGGACGGUUAAUGGAGACACACGCGUAGGACUCUUUGCAUUGACAGACAUCCCCGCUGGCACGGAGUUAACAUUCAACUAUAACCUGGAGUGUCUUGGCAAUGGGAAGACAGUGUGUAGGUGCGGUGCACCGAACUGCAGCGGGUUUUUAGGAGUACGGCCAAAGAACCAUCCCCCGGGAGAUGACAAAGGCCGUAAGUUGAAGAAGAAAGCUCAGGUGAAGCGUAAACCCCAGACAGAGGUGACCAAGGAACGUGAGGACGAGUGCUUCAGCUGUGGAGAUGGGGGCCAGUUAGUGACCUGCAAGAGACCAGGUUGUCCUAAAGUUUACCAUGCCGACUGCCUCAACCUGACCAAGAGGCCAGCAGGUCGCUGGGAAUGCCCGUGGCACCAGUGUGACCUGUGCAACCAAGAGGCGGCGUCGUUCUGCGAAAUGUGUCCAAGCUCCUACUGCGCGUCUCACCGCGACGGAAUGCUCUUCAUAUCCAAGCUGGACGGCAAACUGUCCUGCAGCGAACACGACCCCUGCGGGCCCGAACCCCUGGAGCCCGGAGAGAUCCGGGAAUACGCCCCGGAUCGCGCCACAGCUUACCCCAUAAACAUCAUCCGGGCCGCCCUCAACCUCCCCGACCAGCAGCCCCAGCCUGGCCCCAAAUCCUUCUCUUCAGCCACCACUGAGGGCGCACCAUCGGCCCAGACCAAGCGUGCUGGGACUCCGCCUACCUUCAAUGGUGCCUACGCACCCAGCUCCUGCAGCGGAGAAGGUCAAAAAGAGAAGGAUGUCCCGUCAAAGCAAGAGGCACAGAGAGCGCGGGACCGCAAGACGGUCGAGAAGGAGGGAACCAUGAAGGAUAAAGGGAGAGAGGGAUCGGAGAUCCGAGGCGAGGGGAAAGAAGAGGAGGAAGAGGGAUAA